ACUGUGGCAAGGACGGGAUCCCUUUCUGCAAAAAUAAGACGGCGAAAAACUUCGAGGACGGUCAUUUCGAAAGGUUUUAAUAUAGUUAAUGAUUAUCAACGGUGUAGUGAGAAGCGUGGUUCUCCUGUGUAUCUGGACUGUAUCUGGACUGUAUCAAUGGUGUCGUUAAGCAACAGAGCGCUGGUCUCUGAUAAUGACCUCUUUAGGGAAGGUGUUAGCCUGGUCUCCCUGGAGCUUGUAGAGGGAGAGGGCAGUGAGGGGGGGAGUGAGGGGGGGAGCUUUACUUCCUGUUACAGUCCCGAGGCCGGGGACAUGGGGGCUCGACUCAGCUUCAGCCCUGGAGAGGAGGAGGAUGACGAAGAGGAAGGGGGCCUGCUCCGACUCUAUCUGGCCCCCACAGAGGGUCUGCCUGACUUCAGUCCCCGCCUGCCCUCACCCUUUUCUCCCACCAUGGAGGACAUCGAGGAGUUCCUCAGGGAGAAGAUGGAGCUGGUGAGAGAGGGGGUUCUCUUCUCUAGUGAACCCAUAGAGGAGCCAGCUCCCUCCCCUUCCAGCUCCAUGGAACAACCCCUCUCCUCAGGGGGACACAGUGAGCCAGGGACCAGCAAUGCUCUGUCACCCCCCACCCCACAAACCCCCAAUUGCCCUCACACCCGAAGCCUAUCCCCCCUCACCCCCUCAGUGUGCCUGGGAGCACCCCUGGUUUUCCAGGUCCAGUCCUUGCCUCUGGCCCAGCCUCACCCCCAGACAGACUCUCCUCCUGGUGCAUCCAGUGGGCUGAGAUUGGCCCACCUGGUUCUGGGACUCCACGGAGGGCAGAAUGUUACCCUGCUGGCCUCACAGGUGCCCUCCACCUCAGCCACCCUUCUCAACAUAGCCAGCACGGACGCUCCAGACCAGAAGUACGUGAAGAUUGCCCCUCUACCGAUCACUGUGAGGAUUGCCGGGGGGCUUGUUGGGGCAACAGUUAUUGGGGGUCACAGUGGAGGGGUUGUGGUCAAAUCUGUGGCCCCCCCUAGGGUCAACAGACCUCCUAAAGAGAUGCUGAGGGUACACAAAUGUUCUCACCCGGGCUGUGAGAAGAUGUACACCAAGAGCAGCCAUCUGAAGGCCCACUUCCGCAGACACACCGGAGAAAAGCCAUACACCUGCAGCUGGCCUGACUGUGUCUGGAGGUUCUCUCGUUCUGAUGAGCUGUCUCGUCACCGGCGCUCCCACUCCGGGGUCAAGCCCUACGAGUGCUCUCUGUGUGAGAAGAAGUUUGCCCGCAGUGACCACCUCUCCAAACACACCAAGGUGCACCGCAGCCCCCGGCCUGGCAGAAUCGUAAGAACUACCGUCUGACCCAGCCAGCAUCUCAACACAGCAAACCCAGCUCAGCCCAGUCGUGAUCCUGAUGCCACCCUUAACCCCGUUGCAGCACUUGACCUGGACGGCAGAAUUAUUAGUACCUUCCUCUAGAAUUCAGAGCAGCCUGGUCCCACACCUACACCCUGGCUGUGCCUGCCCAACCCUGCCCAGUCCAACCUCAACCCGACCACAGGCGAACAGACUAAUCAGUCCUCAUCAGGACACUGGUGCUACAGGAGCAGACCUGGGCCAGAACUUAGUAGGGUUCUGAAUCUGAUUCAGACGCCGCUGAGCUCUGCCCUCUUCACCCUCUCCUCUCCUCCCUCCUGCAGCAAAGCAGAUGAGUGCUUGUCCUGGUGCUAGACAGUGAACUAACAGAUGAGUGCUUGUCCUGGUGCUAGACAGUGAACUAACAGAUGAGUGCUUGUCCUGGUGCUAGACAGUGAACUAACAGAUGAGUGCUUGUCCUGGUGCUAGACAGUGAACUAACAGGUAACGGCCAUCUCAAGGAUGGGAUUGUUCAGAUUAAAGCGGAUUUCAGGCCUUUAGGUUAAAUCAAAUCCCCCUGCCACACACACACACACACCUCGCUACCCUUAGCAGAUGACAAGUGUGACAGGCAGCUGCACAAGGUCAGAAGAUAAUGUUGUAUAUGUCAUUAGAUUGUGUUAGAUUGUGUUUAAAAGACUACACUGUCACACAUUCUAUUCUACAUAUGAUAUUGCUCUGUGAAUCUGCUUCAGGAGUUAGACCCUCAAGACAGUUUGAGGUAAAUGCACUGACCCAGCUCAUUCUAGCCCAUAAUCUGUGCUAUUAGCCCAGUUAAAAUUUGAAAGUACUGUGUUGAUAUGUGAGCUGCCAGAUUCUCUCAGAGAACAGGUUUGAGUCUAAAUCUCUUACAUAUCCCCUCCUGCUCCCCAUAGUGCCAAACCUCUGGCCCAAUCACAUCCCCCCUGACCCUAACGGCCAAUUCAGUACUGUUAUCACCGCUUACCUGACCUCGUGCCUCUUCCCACUCCCUCGUGCCUCUUCCCACCUCAGGGCUGCAGACUAGUUAGUGUCUGCUGGUUUUCACCAUGGUGCUUUACUGGUCCAUUAUGUAAUAACUGGUUAGUUAAGAGUCCACUCACAGCCACCUGGUUUCUCAGGUUUGCGUCAGAUGCUGAUUGAAGGCAAGUAACUGAGAAAAAACCAGCAGACACCGCAGCCCACCUGGUCCACACUCUUAAACAUAUAAGCUCUUUUACUUUCUUUAUAUGUCUUUGAAAUCAAUGUUAAACUGACAAAAGAGACUCAGCGAAAGCUACUUAUGUGUAUACUGUAUGUUUUAUACAUGGGCUUUUCAAUGCAAAGCAAUCCGAUAUGAAGAAGUGCUUAGUCAUUUACAGUAGUAAAUUAGUAGGUUAGGUCAGCAAGCAAAGCUAGUCAUUUAUAGUGUACAGUACUGUACCUGAAAAGGGCAGCUGAUCGUUGUCCAAUCUGUGUCUGUAAAAUAUAACAUUUACAUGUACAGAACAUAUAGAAGCUCCUUUCCAGAAAAACCCUUAGUCAGUACAUUAAGCUAUCCAGUGGUGUCUGUGCUUGGUGAAACUGUGGCAUGUUAUUGAGGGGUCAUCAGAUCAGCCAGACGGGAGUUAAUUAUGAGACUCACUCUUCCAUUAAUGAGUUAACCCAUCACACCUCAUCAAUAUGAGCCCUCUGUUCUCAAGUGCACUUAUGUUAGCAGGUCCAGCAGGAGAGGGUUAAGCAUGGAGAAAAGUUAUAGGUAGCCCAACGGCUAAGGAAUUGGACCUGUUGCUGAAAGGUGUCUGGUUCAAGUCCUGUGGCGGGCACUGGAAAAAUAGGUGUGAAUUGAUCUGGUAACUGAAGGGCUGCUGGAUUCACAUCCUAAAGAUGUUCUUCUACUGUUGGGCCCUUAACCCCACAGCAUGCUUUCCAUCCAGGGGCCCUGCACUGCAGCUUGACCCUGUGCUUGUCUCAACUGUGUGUGAUGUGUGCUGUAAGACAUGGACAAUAAAGUUGUUUUCUAAAUGCUA